UGACUAAGGUUAGAGGCGGGCCACUCCCCGUCCCUCGUCCUUGUCCUCUGAUGCCAGCUGUGAGACUUGGUAGCAUCAAGGGGAGAGAGAGACAAGACCAGACAGGCAACGCAACUGCCUCGACGACAAACCCAUUCUCCCAGAGCACACUCAGAACGGGAUUCGCCAACUGCUGCCUUUUCCGCCCUCCUCUGCAUUGGCCAUCGAUCAUAGCUGGCCCUCGAGGGCCCUGUCCCAGCCGCCAAGAUGAGUUCCUUAAAGCAGUUCAUCCGCAAUGUACGAGCGGCCAAGACCAUCGCCGACGAGCGCGCUGUCAUUCAGAAGGAGAGCGCAGCCAUCAGAGCUAGUUUCCGCGAGGAAAGCCACGACCACAACAUAAGGCGCAACAAUGUCGCCAAGCUUCUCUAUCUGUUCACCCUGGGAGAGAGAACACAUUUCGGCCAGAUCGAGUGUAUCAAACUGCUGGCAUCACCUCGCUUUGCGGACAAGCGUUUAGGACAUCUGGCCACGAGCUUGUUGCUGGACGAGAAUCAGGAGGUCUUGACACUGGUCACCAACUCUAUUCAGAACGACCUCGGCCACUCCAACCAAUACGUGGUCGGUCUCGCGCUCUGCACCCUGGGAAACAUUGCCUCGCAGGAAAUGUCGAGAGACCUCUUCGCCGAUAUCGAGAAGCUCGUAUCGACCAACAACCCCUACAUUCGCCGGAAAGCAGCACUAUGCGCCAUGAGAAUAUGCCGGAAAGUGCCAGAUCUGCAGGAACACUUCAUCGAAAAGGCUGCUGCUCUGCUCUCCGACCGAAACCACGGCGUCCUGCUUUGCGGUCUCACCUUGGUCACCAGCUUGUGCGAAGCCGACGAGGAGGAAGGCGGUGAGGAGGGAACUGUCGACAAGUUCAAGCAGUUCAUACCCGUCUUGGUCAGGACACUGAAAGGUCUGGCCACAUCCGGAUACGCUCCCGAACACGACGUCACUGGAAUUACAGAUCCCUUUUUGCAAGUCAAGAUUUUGCACCUCCUACGGGUCCUGGUCCGCGGGGAUUCCGAGGGGACCGAGCAGAUCAACGACAUCCUGGCGCAGGUUGCCACCAACACGGACUCCACCAAGAACGUCGGCAACUCUAUCCUCUACGAAGCCGUUCGCACCAUUCUGGACAUCGAUGCCGACUCCGGUCUCCGAGUGCUCGGUGUCAACAUUCUUGGCAAGUUCCUUACCAACCGCGACAACAACAUUCGAUAUGUUGCCCUGAAUACCCUUAUCAGGGUCGUUGCAGUCGAGCCCAACGCCGUUCAAAGGCACCGGAACACAAUCCUCGAGUGCCUGAGAGAUCCAGACAUCAGUAUCAGGCGGAGAGCGUUGGAUCUGAGCUUCACGCUCAUCAACGAAAGUAAUGUCCGAAUACUCAUUAGGGAACUCUUGGCAUUCUUGGAAGUGGCCGACAAUGAGUUCAAGCCGACCAUGACUAGCCAAAUUGGCAUCGCCGCCGACCGAUAUGCUCCCAACAAGCGAUGGCACUUCGACACCAUGCUGCGGGUACUCAGUCUUGCCGGAAACUUUGUCAGGGAACAAAUCAUGUCCUCGUUCAUCCGUCUCAUUGCCACUACCCCUGAGCUCCAGACUUACGCUGUGCAAAAACUCUACAUCAAUCUGAAGAAGGACAUCACCCAAGAGAGUCUGACGCAGGCUGGAUCCUGGUGUAUCGGAGAAUAUGCCGAGUCGUUGCUCCAAGGAGGGCAGUAUGAAGAGGAAGAGCUUGUUCAGGAGGUCAAGGAGAACGAAGUCAUCGAUCUCUUUUCCACGAUACUUAACAGCAACUAUGCCACCCAGGUUACUACCGAGUAUAUUAUCACAGCACUGGUCAAACUCAGCACAAGGUUGUCCGACCCGUCUCAAACUGAAAGGGUACGGCGUCUGAUUCAGCAUCACCAAACGAGUUUGGAUGUCGAAGUUCAACAGAGAGCUGUCGAAUACAGCAAUCUCUUCUCCUACGAUGAGAUACGCAGAGGAGUACUGGAGAAGAUGCCCCCGCCGCAGAUCAGGGAAUCGUCACGCGUGCUGGGCGAGGCCACCACCAAGACGAAAAAGGCUGCCAACCGCAAGUCGAAACUUGUUGCCAAGCCUUCCACCGAUCAAGACCUGUUAGACCUAAUGGGCGAUGUCACUGGCAGCCCAGCCGUGACUUCGCCUACAAACGGCGGUCCUAGCAAUACCGAUCUUCUGGCCGAUAUUCUUGGAGGCACCACAAGCCCACCACCCCAAGGUGCUGGUUCACCGCCGCCCCAACAACCCCACGUCUCUUCCAUCAUGGACCUUUUCUCUCAAGGCGGUACAUCCUCGCCUGCUCCAGCUACGGCUCCGGCCAGCUCCGGCCUAGACAUACUGGGCGGCAUGGGCACACCUCCACCACAAUCACAAGCACCCCCGGCAGCUGCUGGCUUACCCUGCUAUGAUGCAAACGGUGUGAAUGUCACACUACAAGUACAGCGCAACGCAGAAGGUAUGGUGCAGGUUACUGGACGGUUCCGUAACUCCUCAGGCGGUCAGAUUUCCAACGCCGGUCUUCAAGCCGCUGUGCCUAAGACUCAAAAGUUGCAGUUGCUCAGCAUAUCGAACACGGAUAUUCCAUCUGGCGGCGAGGCAACGCAGCUUAUGAGAAUCAUGGGUGUAAAAGGACCUCUCCGAUUGCGGCUGAGAAUUGGUUACGCACACCCAUCAGCAGGGCAGGUAGUGGACCAAGUCAACUGGACGGAGCCAUCAUGAGCUGGAUAGACGUGUAUACCAAUAAAAUUAGCUCCAGGGAGCUAAUAAAAUAGGUUUCUCAUUUGAGAUUCCAGGUGGUCCUGUCGAGUAAUGCUAGUUUGAGCCAAUCUUAGGAUCCCCAACUUCAAGCUCCUUAUCUGUGCAUGCAGUAUGACAUAUAAUCGAUGUCUAGUUAUCCAGCAAGUUUUAUACAUUGUUCACAGCAGGAAGAAAGCUACACCGCGCAGAAUGAAUCUGUUUCAAAAUGAGACGGCC